GAGGACGGCGUCCUUCCGUCUUUGCUGUGUGUCCUGAGAUGCACGGCACAUGCAUCGCAGAAGGCGCUAGAGCGGGCCAUGUUGACCAACGUGGAGGUCAAGGAGCUUCUUGAUACUUUGGUUUUCAACUUCGCCUCGGGCAAGCAUGACAGAGGCAGCCUAGCACGGGCAUUGACCAACAGUCCAAAAAUGCAUGGCAUGCUGAAAGAGGAACUGAGCAAGGACCUCAAUCAGCUCUACGAGCUCUCGUCUCAGAGUCAUUCUUCAGCUGGGUCUUUUCAUUUUGCUGCCCAGCGGUGGGACUCCACCCUGAAAUGCCUGAGAAUCUUCGCUUUGAGGAUGAGUGAGAUCUUGAGUUUGCUUGCCCGUGUUGCUGCAGACAAGACAGACCAAAAUCAGAAUUGGGCCAAAUCUAUGUUGAACUUCCUCAGCAUGGACCGUAUUAUCCUUCUUUGCUUGUGCGUGGAGUUCAUGGAAGUCGCCUCACGGUACGUGCAUGCCUGCGACAAUCCCGGGGGAUCUAUUAAAGCCAGCUCUGCGAGCAAAGCGGCAAGCUCAUUGCCCCGGCGUAUAGCUCAGCUUGCCUGCACCGCAUCCAAUCUGCGUUUGCGACUAGAUCAGCUCUUCUCCUUUACUUUCCAGGGCGUCAAGCAGGUGCCACUGGUGAUGGACGAACGUUUUGAGAAGGGUUAUGUGCAGAUCGUCACCAAGGCUCUCAGCCUUGGGCAGAAGUCCUUCUCGGUCAUCGCGGGUGGCAAGCUCUUGUACCAUUUGCAAGGCUAUGGGGCGGAGAGGCUUCGCAAAGUGACCGCGGAGAAGCUCGGUAUCCUGUGGAACAUUCAGACUCUCUUCCUGCAGGGCGUUUGGACGGAAAAUGAGAUCGGCAUCGCUUCUGGGUUCUCCCCGUUUGAUGUCGGCUCAUGGCUCAAAGAGAACAAGGACGAUGCAUCUCUGCCUGCGUUGCUUGAGCCCGUGGCCAAAGUGGUGGGGGUGCAGGCCUGUGCAGAAGGGUUUGGUUAUGUUGUUCUGGCCUUCCAACUGAUUUUUGAUGCGGAGGCCGAUGCCUUGGCCAAGGAGUUGCAGUUGGCACGUCCCACCGUCCAAGCUCUUCUCACGUAG